AUGGCUCUCACUAGUGGUUCCUUCGCGGCGUUUCUCAUCGUCUGCCCAACAUGCUUCUUCCUCGGAAUUAUAUUCUCUCUUUUCCCCUACGACUAUCCUUUAUUAUGGUCGGCCGCACCAACCCCACCUUCUCAUUACGACUACCUUGAAGCCCAUUUGCGCUUCCUUCAUAGCUCUCCGCCGCUGAUCCCACGUAUCCUCCAUAUCGUCAUUGCUGUUGGCCUUUUAGGCCUGAUCAUGAAAUUAUACAAACCGACUGAAUCCAACAUGCUCUUUGACGGCGCCAGCUUGGUCCUGUACAUGUGCGGUAUCACCGUCUAUAUUGCCAACAUCGUCAAGGGUCUCCGUAUUGUUACUGAUGGCGACUAUGGAGCGACCGCUGCAGCAGAUGCUGCUGCCGCCGCCGCCGCCGCAGUGGCCUCGGGUGAGAGUGAAGACGAUGUGGGGAGUGUUCCGCAAGUUCUUGGUCGCGAGGAUAGUAUGAAAGUGCUUGCAGCAAGCAACACCAUCUUGGCAUUGGUCUUGAUUGGCGUUUUGGUACUUCAAGCCGGCCAGUGGUAUGCUGAUAGGAAAUCCCAGCAAGAAGCCGAAUUGAUCAAGAAGAGAGAAGAAGAAAGCGCAGAGAGAGAGAAAGCUGGCAAGGACUCGCCCAAGGCUACAAAACGAAGUAGCACUUCUGCAGCCAACAAGAAAAAGCAAUGA